AUGAAUCGAUCCCUUGAUGAAGAUUCAGACUGUGAUCUAGUUGAUCGCUCCAGUGUCAUCGUCCUCACCCCCUCCAACUCGUCUAAAUCCAGUAGCAAACAUGCGAACCUCUUGGACCAGUGGAACGAUUACUUCAAGAAAGGCACCUUACAAGACUUUCAGCGACUUUGUGCCGAUCUAGGCCUACCGAAUAAUCUUCCUAGCAAGACCAAAUGCCGAGACGCGCUCAAGAGCAUCAACGUCAACAUUAAGCAGUUCUUGCAAUGUGAGAACAGGCCCGAUGAUGUCAAACUCUUCAAGAGUAGAAAGGAACUUAUUGUCUGGACGCGCAAGAGGGGAGCUUUCUUCCCCCGACGCCAGCUGCCCAAGGGUAGCCCACUUCGGACGCUGUUGAAGCACAUGUUCAACUGA